AUGCUUCGGACGACGUUUCGACACCUUUCUACCAAAACCAAUCCAUCCCGAACUGUUGCUGUUGUUCUCAGUGGCUGUGGAGUCUACGAUGGAAGUGAAAUUCAUGAAGCAUCAGCUUGUUUAGUCCACCUAAGUCGUCACAAUGCCUCGGUCCAAAUCUUCGCACCGGACAUUGCACAAAAACAUGUGAUCAAUCAUUUAACCGGUGAACCAAUGCCUGAAACUCGAAAUGUUCUUGCCGAAAGUGCUCGAAUUGCACGCGGUGGACAGAAUAUCUCUUCACUAGAUAAACUUCAAGUUAAUCAAUUUCAAGCUAUUAUCCUUCCUGGUGGUUUUGGUGCUGCGAAGAAUCUGUCGACAUUCGCUUUCGAUGGAGAGAAAAUGACCGUCAACGAGCAAUUAGAAAAAGUCUUAAAAGAUUUUUACCGUAGUGGGAAGCCGAUUGGUAUGUGUUGUAUUUCACCAGUCAUCGCCGCCAAAUUGAUCCCCGGUGCUCAGUUAACGUUGGGUAAAAUGAAGAAUUUGAGCGAUAACGAAGCGAAAAAUGUUUUUCCGUACUCGGGUGCUGUGAUGAGUGCGAGACAAAUGGGUGCGGAUACGAAAGAAUGUGACGUGAACGAAGUUUGCGUGGACAAACAACAUCGUCUUGUUACAACACCAGCAUUUAUGAAAAAUGCGGCAUUUCAUGAAAUAUUCGAUGGCAUCGGACUUAUGAUUGAAAAAGUUGUCCAGAUGAUCGAACAGAAAUGA